AUGGAUGUUAUUGGACCGAUUGAGCCUGCUGCCUCCAAUGGUCAUAGGUUGACUUUGGUCGCCAUUGAUUACUUCACAAAGUGGGUCGAAGCUGCUUCCUACAAAACUAUGACAAAGAAAGUUAUGGCCAAUUUUGUUCGCAACAAUUUGAUAUGCCGUUUUGGAGUUCCAGAGUCUAUCAUCACAGACAAUGGAGCAAAUCUGAAUAGUCACUUGAUGAAAGAGAUAUGUGAACAAUUCAAAAUUACCCACCACAAUUCAACUGCAUAUCACCCUCAGAUGAAUGGAACUAUGGAAGCUGCUAAUAAGAACAUCAAGAGGAUACUGAGAAAGAUGAUUGACAACUACAAAUGUUGGCAUGAAAAUUUGCCUUAUGCUUUGCUAGGUUACCGCACCACAAUCCGAACCUCAACUGGAGCAACUCCUUACCUAUUGGUAUACGAAACAGAAACAGUGAUACCAACUGAAGUUGAGAUACCAUCUUUAAGGAUUAUUCAGGAAGUUGGAUUGAGCGAUGCUGAAUGGGUUCGUAACCGAUAUGAGCAAUUGGCAUUGAUUGAUGAGAAAAGAAUGAGUGUAGUUUGUCAUGGCCAGUUGUAUCAACAGAUAAUGACUCGCACUGUCAACAAGAAAGUAAGAGUUCGAACAUUUAAUGCAUGCCAAUUGGUGUUGAAAUGCAUUUUCCCUCAUCAAGAGGAAUAUAAAGGGAAAUUUGCACCUAAUUGGCAAGGACCAUAUGUUGUCCACAAAGUACUAUCAAGAGGAGUUUUGGUUCUAACAGAGAUAGACGGUAGAGUGUGGUGA